AUGGCUGCUCAAUUAUUAGAGAAACGUCAGAGAUAUAAUGAUGAAUAUGCAUCCGACCCUGAAGAGACCAAUGAGGAUGAUGGCUCUAACGAGGAUCCUGACUACAACGAUGAAGAUCCUGACUACAACGACGAAGAUCCAGACUACAACGACGAAGAUCCAGACUACAAUGAAGAGGAUCCUGAUAAUGAAGAGGACCCUGAUGAUCCUGACAACGGAGAGGAUCCCGAUGAAGCUACAACUACCGAAGAUCCUGAACAAACCUCCACCACAGAUUAUAAUGAGGAAGCAACACCUACAGAUGACGAUUACAAUGAUGAUAGUACCACAACUGCUAUCGAUGAUUACACCACCACUGAUGAAAGUUAUCCUACAUCUACAGCUUAUAUUGAAGCCUCGUUGACAUCUGCUUUGCCUACAAGUACCAGUAGCAUGAUGGCGACACCUACGCAAACUUUUAUUUCUAGCACAAGCUCUUUACAACCCAGCACGAUGGUCGAGACACCCACAUCUACACCUGAUAGUAGUUCAGAAGGCGGCCUUAGUAGCAAAAACAAGGCGAUUAUUGGAGGUGUAGUCGGUGGCAUCGGCGGGGCCGUUCUAUUGGGUGCACUUGGAUUCUUCUUGUUUACACGAUGGAGAAGAAAUCGUCGCGCUAGUGAUCGCGAGAGUUUCCAUCCUCAAGCGGAUGAUAUCCAUAGUGUUCAUUCACCCGAAAUGUCGGGCGGUGCUCGGGGUAUCAGUGGAGAAUAUAGCUAUUAUAAUUCAGCUACCAACCUUAGUAAAGAUCCCAUCAUCACUUCUACUAGUCAGCCUGGUCGCUACUAG